AUGGCCAAUUUACUCCCACUCUCAACUUAUAACUUAGCUUUAAAGCCAUUCCAACCAGCUCCAGCAAUUGAAGAUGAUUAUCCACUUACAAUUAGAAUAACUUUAGCUGCAGUUGAUCCUGAAGCUGUUGAUGAUAAAUCAGAACCAUCUACUUUAAGAAUCUUAAAGAAAUCUAAUCCAUUCGUUGAUCAUGAAGAUUACUACGAUGAUGAAGCUGAAGAAGAUGACGAAGCUGAAGAAGAAGACGAAUUAGACGAUGAAGAAGAAGAAAAAGAAGAAAAGCCAAAGAAGGCCGGUAAGAAAAAGACCGAUGAGGAAGAAGAAGAAGAAGACGAAGAAGAUGACGAAGACGAAGAUGAUGAAGAUGAAGAAGAUGAUGAUGUUGAAGAAUAUGUUCUCUGUACUUUAUCUCCAAAGGUCCAAUUCCAACAAACCAUUGACCUUACCAUCACCCCAGAUGAAGAUGUAUACUUUGUCGUUACUGGUUCUUACCCAAUUCAUUUAACUGGUAACUACGUCGAACACCCAGCUGAUGAAGAUUCUGACGAUGAAGACUACUUAGAUGAAGAUGAAUACGACUUGACCCCAGAUGAAGAUGAAAUAAUCCAUGGUCUUGACAUGGACGUCUACGAUGAAGAAUCUGACGAAGAAGAACAAUCUAAGAUUGAAGUUCUCGAAGAAGAAGAAAAGCCAUCAAAGAAGAGAGGUGCUGAAGAAGCUGAAUCUAAGAAAUCUAAGAAGGCUAAGAAGGAAGACAAGAAGUCUGUUCAAUUCACUAAAGAUUUAGAACAAGGACCAACUGGUUCUACUUUAGUUGAAAAGAAAGAAUCCAAGAAGGAUAAGAAAGAAGCUAAAAAGGACAAGAAGGAAGAAAAGAAGUCCGAAGAUAAGAAAGAAGAAACCAAGAAAUUCCCAACUAAGACCUUAUUAGGUGGUGUUGUUACUGAAGAUAGAAAAGUCGGUAAAGGACCAACUGCUAAAUCUGGUAACAAGGUUGGUAUUAGAUACAUUGGUAAAUUAAAGAAUGGUAAAGUCUUUGACAAGAACACUUCUGGUAAACCAUUUGUCUUUGGUUUAGGUAAAGGUGAAUGUAUCAAAGGUUUCGAUUUAGGGGUUGCUGGUAUGGCUGUUGGUGGUGAAAGAAGAGUUAUCAUUCCAGCUAAGAUGGGUUAUGGUUCUCAAUCUUUACCUGGUAUUCCAGCUAACUCUGAAUUAACUUUUGAUAUUAAAUUAGUUUCUUUGAAAUAA